AUGUCUGUUCAAGUCAUUUAUGAUCCUGACUGCGAUCAAAACUUUCCUCGUCUUUAUCAUAAUCAGUUCCAACAAUGGAUUAACGGGAACCGCCGAUUCGCGAUUCAUGAUGGAACUGUACUUGAUUUUGACCAGGCUUAUGUUCUCAACGGCCUUCAUCCCACUACAAGUACCCAUGACCCGAACCCAGUUCCACAUGUCACUGUUCGCUUGUCGAAUCCGUCUUUACGCAGCCAAAGGACCUGGUACAUCCUUCAUUGGCGGGUUGGCGGCGGCUCGGUCUUCCUUCCACGACCAGACAAUGAAGAUUCAAACAGACGAAGGCAGAUGAGGAGAAAGGAGAAGAAGCAGCGGAGACAGGAAAGAGAAAGGAGCAGUAGAGAAAAUCGUGGAAAUGAUAGUACUCAAAACCGUGCUACGGGUACAGACGUUUCUUCUCGUGAGACUGGCCCCCCUCGUGGAACUGUACCCCCUCGUGGUACUGCAGCCCAUCGUGGGAGUCACGGGGGUGAUUCUAGAUGA